CAGGGAGGUCAGCAUACGCUUUUUGCCCCAGAAAGGCUGAUGGAAGAGGAAAAAUGCCGCCUGCUCUCGACCAGCAGUUUCUUGGAUUCCCUGUGACGCAGGCCAGCCCUUGAUCCUCAACCUGGGGUUCGGAGAACCUGUGAAGCUCGGAGAACCUGGAGGUGUGUUUGCCUGACUUUAACCCUUUUGGUGGCUCAAAGAGAUCCCUCUCCUUUGCUGCGCUCACUGUAGCUCUAAUGGAAAGUAGCCUCUCCUUGGUCUUACACGAAGUCUGGUCUUCCUUGUGAAAAGCCGGGAGUCGCAAUAUUCCAGUUUAUAAAAACUGGUGUAUGUGUGUUUGUGUGUUAGUCACCCUUUAAGCAAAUAACUGGAGAGUUUACUUUUAUGGGUUUUGUGGACUGUGGCCCAAGAUUCUGAAUGCAACUUGGUGCAUUUUGCAGCAUCCCGUUUGCUGAUCCGAGGCAAGUUGUGGUGCGAGCACCAAGUGAUUACAAGGGGAAGGGGAGCAUUUUUGCAGCGCUCGGCACAUUUUCAGCUUGCGAGGAUCAGGUAGCUGAGGCCACCUGUGCGUAGUCAAGAAUCUGCAUCAUCCGUGUUCCGACCUCUGGCUUUGCAGACAGCCCCAGGGAGCCGGCUGGGCUGAACAAACAGCAAGGAGAGAGAGGUGUUCUUCCCGUGGGUUGCUUCUGCCAAGGGGCGAAGGCGUGAAGCCCAGGGAUUCCUUUUUGCUGACCCUCUGCAAGCCCCCUGGACUCCUCCCUCACCCUCCUCUUGCCCUGUCUUUAUCCAGUUGGGACUGGGACGCCUCUGCCGUGCUCCUUGGUACUCCUCUGCUGCAGACAUGAAUCUGAAAACUGUCCUCCUCUGGCUGCUUUUAGUCUUGGUUGCUGUUCUGGCCUUAGUUUGUAUCUUGCUGCUUCCGAAUAAGAAACCUCCUCAGUGUGAUGAUCGUGUCCAAGGCUCCCUGGAGCAUUCGCACAGUGAGCAGAGCUGGAUCUUUGCUGAUCUGACGCAAGAGGAGUUGAUCCAGGUCAUGCUGUACUUGAAGUCCAACCUCGGGGUACGUUUGGAAGAUGCAUCUCACGCCAGCCCUUCUGAUAAUUGCAUUUAUUCCAUUGACUUGCAGCUGCCACCCAAAGCAGAGUCUCUCUUGUUCUUGGACCACGGUGGAAGUCGUCCCCUGCGGCAGGCACUGGCUGUGGUCUAUUUUGGAAACCAGCCGGAGCCAAACGUCACCGAGUAUAUGGUGGGACCACUCCCACAGCUGACGUAUCACCGGGAUGUGACUCGGCAAAAGUAUGGAGGGCGCAUACCCUAUUAUCGUCGGCCCCUGCUCGAUGCUGAAUAUCAGCAGAUGACCCGUGUCCUGUUCAGUGUGGUGCUCCCCACAGCUCCGAGCUUCAUGCAAGAAGUAUUGAACUAUGAUGGGGACAAUCUAGCAGCAAUGAUCACAGCCCCUCACGGACAGAAAUCUGGGGACCGGGCCACUUGGCUGGUCCUGUUCCAGAAUGCAACUGGCUACUUUUUACAUCCAGUCGGGCUGGAGGUCCUAUUGGAUCACAGCAGCCUGAAUAUCAACGAAUGGACAGUGAAGGAUGUGUUCUAUAACGGCCGGUACUACAGAGACAUGGUACAGCUGGAGAGAGAAUUCACUACAGGCCACGUGCCUGUGAAGAUGAUCAAGAGGGGCCUGGCUGGUGGGGAUUUUUCCUCUCUGAAACCCAGAGUGCAGCCUACGGGAUCCGGACCUUUUUAUUAUGAACCUUCCGGGCCGCGUUACAGUGUGAAAAAUAACCAAGUUGUCUCUUUGUUGUGGAGCUUUGCCUACAGGAUGGACACCAGCAAGGGGCUGCGUCUGUUUGACAUCCGAUUCCGUGGUCAAAGGAUUGUCUAUGAGCUCAGCGUGCAAGACGCCAUGUCAGUUUAUGGCUCCAACAGCCCUGGCGGGAUGUCAACCCGGUACAUGGAUGGGAACUUUGGGAUUGGGAGGCUCACACACUCCCUCGUGCGAGGGGUCGACUGCCCGUAUUUUGCUACCUACCUCGAUGUUUGCUUUCUCGCUCAAGCGCAAAGGCCCAUCGUUACGCCAGAUGCCCUCUGUGUUUUUGAGCAGGCCACGGGGACCCCACUUCGACGCCAUUACUCCAGGCAUCAGCCGCUCUACUAUGGGGGACUGCCUGCCACGGCAUUGAUUUUGCGCUCUGUGGCGACCAUGGGCAACUAUGACUAUGUCUGGGACUUUGUGUUCCAUCCAACUGGCGCCAUCGAAGGCAAAGUCCAAGCCACAGGUUAUAUAAGCUCAUCUUUCUUCUUUGGCGACGGGCUGGACUUCGGCAACAGGGUUGGGGAGCACACCCUGGGAACCAUCCACACGCACGCCAUUGGCUACAAGGUCGACUUGGAUGUUGGUGGCGUGCAAAAUUCUCUGGUAACCAAUGAUAUGGCCUUUACUAAAGUGAGGGCCCCUUGGGAUCAACAGCAGGAGAUCCAUCAGAUGAGGCUGCAAAGAGAGCUCCUGGAAACGGAGGACGAGGCUGCCUUCCACCUUCAUGAUGACUUUCCCAGGAACAUCUAUUUUGCCGCAAAUUGCACAAAUAAGUGGGGGCAUGACCGUGGCUAUCGAAUUCAGAUAUACAGCUUCUCUGGGGACCAUCUGCCGGAGUCAGAUCCUAUGGAGCGAGCCAUCAGUUGGGGCCGGUACAAGCUGGCUGUCACGAAGCGGAAAGAAGAAGAACCGUUCAGUACCAGCGUCUAUAACCAGAACGACCCCUGGACACCGUCUGUCGCCUUUGAGGACUUCAUAAACAAUGAGACCAUUGUCAAUGAGGACCUCGUUGCCUGGAUCACCGUCGGCUUCCUGCACAUUCCACAUGCUGAGGACAUCCCCAACACAGUGACCCUUGGGAAUGUGGUUGGGUUCAUGCUGAGGCCCUACAACUAUUUUGAUGAUGAUCCCUCCAUCUAUUCUCCAGACGGCGUUUUCUUCACUAGCGAGCAGGAUCCCACUUCCUGCGACGUCAACCACAUUGCCUGCCUGCCGAAAGCAGCCGCCUGCGUGCCAGAGUUCCCACCUUUCAGUUACGAGGGCUUCCAAAAUCUGACAAGGCCAUGAAUCCUUCUGGACUUUGUGGGGCUGGGGUGGGGGGAGGUGGGGUACCGUGGUGUAGUGGUGGUGAGACUUCGCUUGAGGUGUAUGCGGCAAGGGCAGUUAGUACUGAGCUCUGUUCCAAAUCUUCUUAACACAAAUAUUAACUCUUGUUUGCUUGUAUUUAUUUUGUAUAUUGUACAGAAUUAUCUUUUCUCUGGGCUGAGAGGAGCCAGGCAGAUGACCUUAGUCUGCUUCUGCCAAGGGAUUAAAUGACCUUUUCCUUCUGAAGCUAUUAACUGGUGUGUCCACACUGUAGGCCGAAUAGGUGAAACAAGAAUUCUUACUUUCUGUGAAAUGCGAUCAGGAUCUCUAGCAAAGCAUUCUUACCAAACUAAGCCAGUUUACAUGAUAGUCCAACCCAGAAAGGCAGACAGAACUCUCCUUGAAAUGGUUUGCUUGGUGCUGUGAAUGGGGAGAAGGAGAUUCCAGUUUCCCUCCCACUCCACUUUUGCCAGCAGAAAGGGAGUUGGGGGAGUUUCGUGCCCCUUUUGUCUGGCUCCAGAUGUUAGGCAUAUUAUAUACCGGUAAUGCAGCAGUGGCGUAGGAGGGUUAAGAGCUUGUGUAUCUAAUCUGCAGGAACCAGGUUUGAUUCCUAGCUCUG